UGUCAGCCAAUGGCCUGCAGCCGUCGCCACUGCUAGCUCGUCUACUCUCAGUGCCGUCACUUCUAAACAUGCCCAUCAUGUUCGUAGUUUUGGGCUUUAUCUUCUGUCUUGCGUGUUGAUUUUCGUCACGAUGAGCAGCCUCUGCAGAGAGGUGAUCACCCUCCAGCUCGGACAUUACUCCAACUUUGCGGGAACUCACUGGUGGAAUUUACAGGAUGCAUCUUUAUCGUACGAUCCAGAGUCACCGCCAGGUGAGAUCCAGAGCGAUGUUGUGUUUCGUGAAGGACAGACUCUGGGCGGCCACGUCACCUACACACCACGACUCAUUGCCAUGGAUCUCAAAGGAAGUCUUCGUACUCUGCGACAGGAGGGAAGUUUGUAUGAUGCAGGCAAGGACACGUCUGCUGUCACGUGGGACGGAAGUAUCACUAUGCACGAAGAAAGUCCUCCUGCAAAGAACUCCUUCCUUGAAGACCUUGAUAAGUUGGAUAAAGGGGAGAUACUUGCAGAGGCUGAUUUUCCCUCCAGCUCCCAGCCUCAGUGCUCAGCAGGGUCACUGAGUGUGGAUACGGUGAACAGCCACCUGGCCAGAGUACACAAGAGCUACAGGCUGGAGUGCAGCGUGAAGGUGUGGUCUGACUUCCUCAGGAUCCACCUGCACCCUCGGACCAUCUCGGUCAUCCACCAGUACAACCACGAUGGAGAGGCUCACCGUCUGGAGGCUUUCGGCCAGGGCGAGUCUCUCCUCCAGGGGUCGGUGCUCGAGGAGCUGGAGGACAGGCUGCACUUCUUUGUGGAGGAGUGCGAUUACCUUCAGGGCUUCCAGGUGCUGUGCGACUUGGCUGAUGGCUUUGCAGGUCUGGGGUCGAAGGUCACUGAGCUGCUUCACGACUCUUACGGAGGGAGGGGCAUCCUAACCUGGGGGUUGUUACCUGUCAGUCACCCAGAUUCAACGCCAGUGAAGGAUCUCUACCGCCUGCUGAACUGCACUUUAGGGAUGGUACACAUGGCCAGUCACAGUUCUUUGUUCUGCCCGUUGACCUUGCGAGGUGGUCUGGGAAGACGACCGUCCUCUCCCACGACGUUCACCCACCUCAGUUAUGAUCCCUCACUGUGGUACCACUCCAGUUCUGUCCUGGCUUUGGCAUUGGACACCCUCACUGCACCUUACAGGCUGAGAAACAACAGCGUCCCCAUGUGGCAGUUGGCAGAUGACCUGACUGUAUCAGGGAGGAAGGUUGUGGCUGCUUAUGGUGCCGUCCCCUUUCCCAUGAUGCACGGCUCCUCUCUCCCUGACGCCCUGAGCACAUACGCCGACGUACUGCCGUGGAGGCCUCUGUCUGGGUGCGUUGAAGCAGGAGACGGCCGAUGCUACGGCCAGUGGGCGACGCUCAAAGGCUUCGAAGGCCAGAAACUCAUCAGGCUCGAUCCCUGGCUAUCCGAGCUGCAUCGCGGUGCGAGUGCUUUCGACAUCCGCCGUGUUGCCCCCAGCUUCCUUUCUCAAGGGCCUGAAGUGUCAGACUACCAGGAGGCCCUGGAGCAGCUGCGCCUGCUGGCCCGGUGUUACAGAGACGACAGCAGAGGCGUGAUGCGCUCUUCCUCCGAGGAAGAGGACGAUGACUGAAGUUGGCUAGCACGACUUGUACCAGCCUGCAUGCUGUCAGCCUGAUGCAGGGAGACAGAGGAGCUGUGCUCUGCUGUGUGAAAGGAUGAGGACUGAAGUACUGGGUGACAGAAAAGAAGUUCUGCCCAUGUAGUUUGUAAUUCAAUGACUGUUCAUAUGUAAUUAAAAGUAUUUUAUACAAAA